AUGGAGCUGCUGGGCAAGAUCGACGACAUCGAGACGGUGAUCGAGGAGAAGGAGAAGAUCAUCGAGGUCGCCGAGGCGAAGCGUACCGCCGCGCAGCGCGCCGCCGCCCUCGUCGAGGCCAAGGCGCUCCAGGCGAGCACCCCGAGCGGCGCGGACGGUGGCGGCUCGUCAUCGACGGCCUCGCGGCGCGAGGCGAUGUCGAUCCCCGACCUGAUCGAGCUGCUCUACAUGCGCAACGCGAAGGCGGCCGAGAAGUCGCACGAGGCGCUUCUCGCCCGGCUCGAGGAGGGCGGCCGCGUGGGGCGGAACGACGAGCCCGUCUUCGCCUCCGAGCUGCCGCUGUACCGCGCCAACCUCGCCAGCCGCGCAAAGAUGGCGCGGCGGCUGCUUCCGGCGGUGCGCGAGCGCGCGCAGGGCCUCGAGCAGACGAACGCGCAGCUCCGCGCGCGCUUCUCCCAGCUGCAGCGCGCGUGGGACACCGCGACGGCCAAGCGCGAGCGGGAGCGCGAGAAGCGCAAGUCGCUCAAGACGGCUCACGACGACGGCGCCAGCGGCGGGCGCGCCAGCCGCAACCGCACGGUCGGCUCCUUCGACGUCGUGCGGUCGGAGGAGGAGAUGAACGCAGUGCUGGCGCAGCUCGCCGAGCAGGAGAAGAAGGAGCGCAACGACGACUGGUGCCGCGCCAAUUGCGCGGUCCCGACGCCGAUGCUGCUCGAGCCGCUCCUGUCUGCCACGCCGACGUUUAUACCGCGCAACGGCGUCAUCCCGGACGUGAUGGCGGACGAGCGCGAGCGGAAGAAGCGGAUGGUGUGGAGCGAGGAGGAGGAGGCCCUCUUCACCGCAAAGUACCUCACCUACCCCAAGAACUUCCGCAAGAUUGCCUCCUUCCUCGAGUGGAAGUCGCCCGGCGACUGCGUCCAGUUCUACUACCUCAACAAGUACAAGCUCGACCUCAAAAAGACGCUGCUGAAGACGCAGCGCCGCCGCCCCGGCUCGACGCCGCGUGCGUUCCGCGAGGUGCAGGCCAUCACGCCCGCGCGCGCCGUCGAGGCGCCCAAGCCGGUCAACGACAAGGACUUUGUCACCAACCCCUUCCGGCAGGGCAUGCGCGCGCGCGCGCGCAACUUCUCGUACAAGGAGUCGGACAUCGCCUCCCGCGCAGAGGGGUCGGAGGAGGUCGCCGAGCCUGCGGCCGCACUGCCGCCGCUGCCGCCGCUCCCCGCCAGCGGCGCCACCUCGAACCGCUGGUCGGACGCGGAGCGCAGCAGGCUCGCCGCGGCGGUGCAGCGGCACGGCACCUCGGCGUGGGCGCAGGUCGCGCAGCAGGUGGGGACAAAGACGUCGACGCAGUGCAAGAACUAUUACGCAAACUACCGCGACCGGCUGCCCGGCCUCGGCGGCAAGGAGGAGGCCGCCGCCGGCGCCAAGCGCGAGCGGGAGGAGGGGUCCGGUCCGGCGAGGAGCGGCAAGAAGGCGCGCGAGCUCAAGGGCGGCAAGGACAAGAAGAAGGCGCUCGCGGCGCACAGCGGGAGCGCGGCUGGCCAGCUGCACGAGCCGGAGGAUGCCGUGGCAGCGGUCGCAGCUGCGGCGGCGCACGCGAGCGCGCAGCCACAGCUACCUCCGCCACAGCCACCUCCGCCGCAGCCACCUCCGCCGCAGCCUCCUCCGCCGCCUGAGCCGCCUGAGCCAACGCAACCGCUCACGCAGCAGCAGCAGGCGCAACCGCCGCAGCAGCAAGCGUCACUGCCGCCGCCGCAGCAGACGCAGCCGCCACCGCAGCAGACACCGCCGUCGCCGCAGCAACAGCCUCAGCAGGCGCGGGCUUCGCCGAGUGGUCCCGGAAUGCACGCUGCGAUAGCAGCCGCGAUCGCCGCCGGGGCGGCAGCUAUCGGUACUCCCCCGGUGAAGCCCGAGGCCAAGGCCGAGCUGCCGCCCCCUUUGUCCGGUGCGGAUGUGCCGGCCGCCGCCGCCGCCCCUCCAGCCGCUGAGCCCGAGGGCGAUGCGGGCGCCGCCACCGCAAGUGCCGAGCGCGAGCCCAGCGACGCAGGAGACUCUGCGAUGGCAGACGCCUCUGUCAGCUGAGUCUCCUUUUUUGUCUCUAUUGUACAUGCAAAU